ACCAUGCUUCGCACACCGAAUAUUUACCGCUUCUGAUAUACAAAUAAAACAUUACCAAUCAUGCCACCGGGAUCAUGACGAAGAUCGGCGCUUUUACAUCCUGAGAUAUCCAACGUUCCGCAACCCCUCACCACGUCACAUCCUGCAAGCCACUUCAUCACGACAACACCGAUUGGCCGAUUGGGGGUGGAAGCUGCACAAUAAAAUAAAAGAUCGAUGCACAAACCUAGAUUGGGUUGAUAGCACUUAAAGUCCACGGUCUCCCGAGCCCCUCCUGGUUUAAAACCCCUCGGUGGCUCAGAUCUGACUACACUUUAGCUCCAUCAACGACUUGACAACCCUGACUACAUAAGACACGCCCCAAAUCGCGCAAUAAGAAAUUUGGAAAGCUGAAAGAAAUUCUCGAAGAGAACGAAAUACGGCUCAGAAUGUCCUCCCUACCAUCCCAUAACCCCUACAACACCCCGACCCUCCCAAACUUCACCCGCUACAUCACCGGCCACGACGCAAACGGUACCGCGAUAGUCCACAGCGCCACGGAAAGUACCUUCCGAGAAUACGACAGCGGUAGCUUCCGUUUCAAUGUCCCCUUCACAACCUCCCAGUUCCCUGCCGAACUCAGCGGCGAUGCCGAUCUAGCCGCCCACGAGUCCUUGAUAGCGUCUGGCAAACUGGGCCUAGUUAGCCCCAGUGGGACCGUGUGCCGGGUUGUGGACUUUGCACCGUCGAAGUCAGGCACCAAGGGACUGAUGCAUCGGACACAGAGCUUGGAUUAUGGGAUUGUCCUGGAGGGAUCGAUUGAGAUGUGGUUGGAUUCGGGGGAGAUGAAACUGUUGAAGAAGGGAGAUAUUGCUGUGCAGAGGGGAACAAUGCAUGAAUGGAGGAACCCCAGUGAGGUGGAGUGGACUAGGAUGGCUUUUAUACUACAGGGUACCAAGCCAGUAGUCGUUGGGGAUAAGGUGUUGAAGGAGGAGUUGGGGAAUCAGACGGAAAUUGGGCCCAGUGUGAGUGUAAGUAACUUGUGAGUGACCCUGGGUCUUAGUACAGCCUGGUGGACUGCUGUGGGAUUUUAGUUGGAAAAGGUUAUGUGUGAAGGUCUGCUAGAUACUUGACUAGUUAUACUCUCGUGAGUUGGCCCCAUUUUCUGAGUCCAAUAAUAAUGUAGGUUGUACGCUUACGACGAUAG